UUUUAAGUCUCGUAACUGUAGUAUUUAUUUUGAACUUUACAUUUUCUCUCUUUUUCAUCUUUCAAUUCUUGCAGCUUUGCGAAAACCUACUACCACCCAACAGAUUUAUUUUUUAUUUAGAAGAAGGUUGCUGAAGUGUGGAAUCGCAGUGACAGGUGUUGGUUUUGUAAUAUUGAUUUUAGGGAUUGAAAGUUCGGUAUAUGCGCCAUGGAAGGAAGAGAAGGUAUCAAUCCUGGGGUAACAGUUAUAGGUGCAGAAGCUCCAUCAGCUUAUCAUGUAGCACCAAGGACUGAAGCUCCAAACCAGGUUCAUAACCCUGAAGCAGUAACAGCAGUGGUCGCGCUAGGUGCUGCUGCUGCUGAUGCUUCUGCUGUCGUUGUCUCACCGGUGAGUGUAGGUUUGGAUGGAUCAGUUAAGAAGAAGAGGGGUAGACCAAGGAAGUACGGGCCAGAUGGGUCUGUCAACAUGGCGUUGUCACCAUUGCCUAUCUCAUCUUCGGCUCCCCCUACUACUAAUGACUUCUCGUCCGUCAAGCGAGGGAAACCGCAGGGGAUGGAGUACAAGAGGGCAAAAAAAGUUGUCAUGGAUCAUCUUGGUGAGAUGAAUGGACACGCUGACGGUACAAACUUUAUGCCGCAUUUCAUCACUGUCAAUGCUGGCGAGGACAUUACGAAUAAGGUGAUAUCGUUUUCGCAACAAGGGCCGCGGGCAAUAUGCGUCUUGUCGGCUAAUGGUGUGAUUUCUAAUGUUACACUCCGUCACCCAGAUUCUUCUGGUGGUACUUUGACUUACGAGGGUCGUUUUGAAAUACUUUCCUUGGCUGGAUCAUUCAUGCCUACUGAUAACCAAGGAACAAGAAGCAGGGCAGGUGGAAUGAGUGUCUCGCUGGCAAGCCCUGAUGGCCGUGUUGUAGGCGGUGGAGUUGCUGGUGUUCUUAUCGCUGCCACUCCUGUGCAGGUGGUGGUGGGAAGUUUUCUACCAAGCGGGCAAGAGCAGAAACUAAAGAAGCCAAAGUCUGCUGAUUAUACUGCAGCCACAUUUACUCAAGCAAAUGAAGUAUCUGCAGAACCGCCACCAGCCCAAACUAAUAAUAAUGCUGAAAAAGAGGAUGUCAUGAGUGGUGGUGGAGGACAUGUGCUUCAAAAUUCCGGAAACCUCAACUCAAAUUUCACCUCUCCUCCGCAGCCCACUGCCUUCCGAAGAGAAAACUGGGUCAACAUGCACGCCAUGCCAGACACAAGAAAGUCCCCUACUGAUAUAAACAUAUCUUUGCCUGAUAGUUAAGUUGAUGAUCAACUUGGAAACUGUUUGUCCUGACGGAACUUCCAACCGAGAGAUGUUUUAUUUAAUGUUACAAUGUUCUCUGUUAUCUUAGAUUUGGUUUAAACAUGUUUGAUAUCUGUUACUAUAGGGUGUAGUUGACAGUGUUGGUAGUUGCAGCUAGGUAGAGUAUGAGUAUCUCCCGAUUUUUCGGCUGAUUAGGUAGAUACAGUACAAUGGAUUAUGAUGAUGAUGAUGAUGAUGAGCAGGCUAAUUCUGAUGUAAUGUUACCUUGUUUGCCUAUUUACUUAGGACUGCAUUUGUUGAAGCAUUGUUAUGUCCAAUGAUUUGGUCUCAAAAUUAUACAUCUCCUUUUCAAUUCAA